AUGGCAUCAUGCACAAACCCCAACUUCCCGCCCGAGAUCGCAAAAACACACCGGAAAAUGCGUACCGUCAAGAAUUCCCCAUCAUUGGAAGGUUUCCAAUCGCUGUGUACCGAUGGAGUGCUACGAAGCUUUAGCGGUUCCCACGCUAUCGUUGAUGCUCUUCCGCUGAAUGCAGAGGAGAUUCAACAUGCGGUGUACAUAUUCAACACUGCUUGUCCUGAGAGCCAGCAUGAGGAAAUUCGAAAGAUUUUUGACGGCGUUGAUGGCUCCAAGGUACCCCAGGAAAAGAUUCUUCGCCCAGAUGACGAAGUGCUUCCGGAGGAGGUUAGAGGAUGUCCAGAGGAGAAGAAUCAGGGAUGA